GCCGGGUGAAUGGGAUUGAAGAAGAGUUCAGCUUCUCGGCUUGUUUUUGUGUCACAGUUUCUCUUCUUCUGCGCCUCUUCUGCUUCGUUCCUUUCUUCCUGCCUGUCCUCUCCUCCCCUCUGCAGGAGGAGCCCCCCUGGGAAAGGGGAAGGAAAAGGACCCCUCAGAGGAGAGAGAGAGAAGAGAAAAGCAGGAGGAGGAGGAGGAGGAGGAGGGAGCAACCAACCAACCAUCUUCCACUCCCAGCUUAGAUUAAAGAAAGUGAGAGGAGGAGGAGGAGAGAGAGAGGAGCCAAGAAGAGGGGGACAGGGAGGCCCAGAGGAGCAGCUGCACCGCCUUCUCCCUAUGAAGAGGACUCCUUUCCCCCUCAAAGAGAGGUCCUGCCAGGGGGACCCCAGCCAGACCACCUCGGCGGCAACAUCACCACCACCAGCAGGGGGGACUAGAGGGCUGAAGAGGAUACUUGUUUAGCAAAGUUGGACUACUGGAAAGAACAAAGUUUUUCUUCUUAUUAAAACGAGCAUCUGAAGGUGUGGGGAUUUGGUAACCUCAACAGAGCAAGAAAGUGGAGAAGGCAGAGAAUGGAGUUGCAGACUCUACAGGAGGCUCUGAAAGUAGAAAUUCAAGUUCACCAGAAAUUGGUUGCCCAAAUGAAACAGGAUCCACAGAAUGCUGACUUGAAGAAGCAGCUUCAUGAACUCCAAGCCAAAAUCACGGCUUUAAGUGAAAAACAGAAAAGAGUAGUUGAACAACUCCGAAAGAAUUUAAUGGUAAAGCAGGAACAGCCUGAUAGUAAGUUUCAAAUACAGCCAUUGGCACAGACAGAAACUAAAAUACAAACAUCACAGCCUCUACAGCAGCAGCAGCAGCAGCAGCAGCCACAGCAGCAGACCACAGCACCCUCUCCAAACCUGCUUGGAUCACAGAAAACUGUAACUACAGCUUCUAUGAUCACCACUAAGACACUACCUCUUGUUCUGAAAGCAACAGCAACCAUGCCUGCCUCUGUUGUGGGUCAAAGACCUACAAUUGCCAUGGUGACUGCCAUCAACAGCAGCCAGAAAACUGUCCUUAGCACUGAUGCACAGAACACGCCUGUCAACCUCCAGACAACAAAUAAAGUCACCGGUCCAGGAACAGAGGCAGUACAAAUAGUGGCAAAAAAUACAGUCACAUUGCAGGUUCAAGCUACAGCUCCUCAGCCUAUCAAAGUGCCACAGUUCAUCCCUCCUCCCAGACUUACUCCUCGUCCAAAUUUUCUUCCACAGGUUCGACCAAAACCAGUUGCCCAGAAUAACAUACCUAUAGCCCCAGCUCCACCUCCCCCUAUGCUUGCUGCUCCUCAACUUAUUCAGAGGCCUGUGAUGUUGACCACAAAGUUCACCCCCACCUCCUUACCCUCUACACAGAAUUCUAUACACCCAGUUCGUGUUGUGAAUGGGCAAACAGCAACCAUAGCCAAAACUUUUCCAAUGGCACAACUCACCAGCAUUGUUAUAGCAGCCCCAGGUGCCAGGCUUGCUGGACCUCAGACUCUACAGAUCAGCAAACCAAAUGUUGAGAAGCAGACAGUCAAGCCCCAAGUAGAAACAGAGGAGAAGCCAACAGAGAUUCAUACUGUUACCUCUCCUGCACCUCCCAAGCCAAAACGAGAAGAAAACCCACAGAAACUUGCCUUUAUGGUUUCUCUUGGACUUGUUACGCAUGAUCAUCUGGAAGAAAUACAAAGUAAAAGACAAGAAAGAAAACGAAGAACCACAGCAAAUCCAGUUUACAGUGGAGUUGUUUUUGAGCCUGAGCGCAAGAAGAGUGCGGUCACAUACCUGAACAGCACAAUGCAUCCUGGGACACGUAAACGAGGUCGUCCACCUAAAUACAACACUGUGCUGGGAUUUGGGGCUCUCACCCCCACAUCCCCUCUGUCCAGUCAUCCUGAUUCCCCUGAAAAUGAAAAGACAGAGACAUUUAUUUUCCCUGCAACUGUUCAGCCUGUAUCCUUACCCAGCCCCAGCUCCAUGGACGGUGAUAUCCAUGAAGAUUUUUGCAGUGUUUGCAGGAAAAGUGGCCAGCUACUUAUGUGUGAUACAUGCUCACGUGUAUAUCACUUGGAUUGUCUAGACCCACCUCUGAAAACAAUUCCUAAGGGCAUGUGGAUUUGUCCCAAAUGUCAAGACCAGAUGCUGAAGAAAGAAGAAGCAAUUCCAUGGCCAGGGACUUUAGCAAUUGUUCAUUCAUAUAUUGCAUACAAAACAGCAAAAGAAGAAGAAAAACAGAAAUUACUAAAGUGGAGUUCAGAUUUAAAGCAGGAAAGGGAACAAUUAGAACAGAAAGUCAAACAACUCAGCAAUUCUAUAACAAAAUGUAUGGAAAUGAAGAACACAAUCCUGGCAAAACAGAAGGAAAUGCACAGUUCACUGGAGAAGGUAAAACAGUUAAUUCGCCUCAUCCAAGGCAUCAACCUUUCCAAAUCCAUAAACUCUGAGGGCAGUUCAGCAGCCAUUUCCAAUGGCAUGGACUCCGCCAGUAAUGUGACAGCUGCCACCUCCACCCCAGCAUCUUCCCCCUCCCAGAGCUGCAUGGUGAACUGUAAGAAGGGCAAUGAGACUAAAUAACAGAGCACAAUAAGAAGGAGCCAGAGGAGAUGGCAGCAAAGCAGAAGAACAUAACAUCCUCUAGUAAAGGAAAUGGAUUUCUUCUGGAAAGUACAAGAAACUCUUUAGUUCCAGAAAGAGUGCGAAGAUGCUCGUGCCGGGCGGCACUAAGUUUGCCAAUUGAUCCUUCUUAUUCUGUGUGUACAUGCAAAGUUUGGACCAUGUUACAUGAAUAGUGCCAGCUGGAGGUUCUUAGCCAGCAUCAUGCCAAGUUAAAUAAGAUAUUUACUCUCUAUAUUUUACACCAGAGUGUGCCUGCAGCAGCCUCCACAGCCACUAUAGGUUUGUUUUUUAUUUUUAUUUGGGGGUAGGGAGCAGGGAGGAGCAGGUUUCAGACCUUAUCUAUAGACCAGUUUUUGUUUAGCUAGGGGAACUUCAAAUCCAAAGAGCCUGUGGGCUUUUCCUGUUUCUAAAUUGUCCAUUACUACUAAACCAAAAAUGCAAAAAUAAGAAUUAACAAAUCCUAGUAUCCUAAAAGGGGAUGGGGAAGGGGAGAAAAACUUAUCCAGUAAGCAGUAUUUACAACUGUUUUUUACAGAAAACACAACAAAGGAUGAGGAAAGAUUUUUCAGUAAGUAUCCAAAAGGCUGAAGAUUACUAGACUGGCAACUUAGGGUUGUCCCCCCCCCUCCUUUCUCUCUCUUAAUGCAUUCAGAAAAUAUAUUCAAAUGCAAAUAAAAUGCAUUGUUGAUUUAGUUGCUACAUUAAGAAGGAAGCUUUUACUGAGGUAGGGAAGGAGACUAACAUGAUCAGCCUGCGUUUUUUGUAAAGCAGGCCAUGAGUGAAAAGAAUUUUUUUUUCUCUUUUUGGUACAUUUGUCCAGCAAAAACAGUAUCCCAAACAGCACAGCACAUGUCCCUAAUGUAUUGCCCAAAUAGGUAAAAUAUCUAUUUCCUUUGUUCCUUUCUCUUUUGGUUACAAAUGUAAGGAAUAUAAAAAACUCUUUUUUUCAGGCUGACAGUCCAAUAAAAAGGUAGAUGGGACCUUGCAUGGUAUAGAUUAGAAGUAAUAGUGUCAGUGAGAUACAGUGAGUCUUUGUGAGUCCGUGUGUCAUCGUUUUGGGCACUGUUUUUUAUGCAAGGGCAAAUCUUUGUAUCUGGGGAAAAACAACUUUUUUUAAAUUAAAAAAAGAAAAAAGAUAUUGAGGUCUUCCUAGUGUUACUUAAAAUAAGAUCAAGGUAAGAAACAUUGUAAAAAAAUUACAAAAGUGCUAUUUGUUUCCUAAACAAGUGAUUUCUAUUAAAAAGGUGUCAGAACUGGAGUAAAUUCUGUGUACUUAGAUUUUUUUAAAAAAAACAACAACAACAACAGAUUUUAUUUCUGGUAUUGCCAUAAUGCUGUGGUUUCAGUUUGAAAAUACCUUGGGGUGGAUAUCUUGAUAUUUGUCAUGCCAUUGAAAACAGCCUUCACGAUUAAAACUGAAUCUGAGCUGAAACCAUUUUUUAAACUAAGGGGAUUUCUUCUCUGUAAAAGCACAGAGAAUAGCAUUGACAGCAUUAAUCAUUUUUAUUCUAUUGCAAUAUAGCACCUAAGCUGAGGGAAUAACACCUCUUAUCUUACUUUUUAAGAUACUUGUCAAACUAAUCCUGCAAUGAUCAAAAGGCUGAUGCUGGACAUCAAAUCUGUAAGCCUGAAAUAGCCAGUUUUGUAUAUAUCAGUGCAAUCAUCCAACAUGUUUUUGGUGGCAGAACUCAUGUCACUAAAUCAUGACAAUGUUGGCCCAAACAUUAUCUGGAUACAUGUUAGCAGAACUCUUAUUUCUGCUAAUUGUUAAUGAUACAGGUGCGCUUAUUUACAUUAAAGAUCUAUGCAUCAUUAUGCACUUUAUUUGUACACUCAUUUCAAGUUUGCUAGUUAUUGUGGCUGCUCUGUUCUUUUGGGGGAUUUCAUUCUUGUCCCUGAAGCUUCAAUCAUUUUUAGUUAGGCUUCUUGCUUUUAGAGCCCAGCAACUGAUGGUUUAUUCUCAAGUUAAUUAGUGAACAAUAAGAAAAAAAUCCUGUCAAACAGAACUUGCUUUACAUUUGAAAAUGUCAGGGUUAACUGUCAUCUCUUGAUAUUUUGUAGUGAAGCUAGCAUAUUUCCAAAGAUUAUAAAUCAUUAAUGAGUAUAAAUGAAAAACAGACACUCAGAUUGACAGAUGCUCUGAGUAUACAAUAUCAUCACAAGAAUGCACAGAGCAAAUAUUACUAGAAACACAAGUUUAUAAAUUUUGUGUCUUACUAAGCCAACCAGUUAAUAAACCAUUUCAUAUUAUUGCCUGCCUGGGAUGUUUUAGCAAGCAAGAUUACAUGUGUGAUGAGUUGAAUUUGACUUUACAGGUUGCAAGCUUUUAGCCCUGUGUUAAGACAACUUUUAGAGAAAAAGGAAUCAGUGAAACCCAGUUUUAUCUGCUGAUGGUAGCAAACAAUAUCUUAAAUAUUAGUUACUGUAUUCCCAUUUUCUGGGUCCCUGGAUCAUGAGUUCACUUUGAAUUCACUGGAGUUUGGUAGCCAUUGUCACCUCCUGUCAUUCAGAGGGAAAUGGAAUAAAUGCAGAAUUACUCUUCCUGCUCAAUGUGACUUAGUGACUGAAGCUGUGAUCCCAUGGCAAAGUUAUUCUCUUCCUUUAUAUGCUGUAACAGGGGUGUCAAACUUGUGUCAUCACGGCACAGUCACAUGAUUUAUCGGGACUUCCCCCCCCCUUUGCUAAACCGGGUGUGGGUGUGGCCAGCGCAUGGCACACCUGACUUGCGGGCCGCAAGUUUGACAGCCCUGCUGUAAAUUAUGAAUAACAAAUUUUUGAAUCAGUGCCUCAGGAAGCAAGGGCAACUUCUUGUUUAUAAAGAAGCAUAAAAAAGUGUUGGGUUCCAGUUUUGUAUGAAGGAUAUGAUUUCUUGAGGCAAAUCUCCCCUGUACUAAAAAUCUGUUUUGGAUUUAUUCUGAUAAAAUGAAUAAAUCUUUUGUCUUCUGACUACUAGGAUUGCGAUCUAGCACUAUUUGAUAUUAUGAAUAAGGCUGUUGUAAGUUUAUCAUUCUGCAAUUUUAUACAUGCAUACUUUUCUUUGCGUCUCCUGCUCUGGCAAUGUAACCAGUUAAGAUGAAGGGAAAGAGAGGAAAGCAAUCAUUAGCAGGUUAUUCUGAAAUCUCAGUGUCCAGAAACAAAAUGUUGUUAAUAGAUUUGAAUUUUGAAAAUUGAGCACAAAUUAUAAAAUAAAAUUUGGACUUUAUAGAAGGAUUGUUCCAUAUUUACAGAAUGGAUAAAGAUUUUAUUGAACAAAAAAUGUGCAAUGAUGUAAUGAAUGUUAGAUUUUCUUCAAUGCAAGGGGUUGCUCUCAAAAUAAAAGGGAACCUCAGAAAAGACAACAUUUCUUGUUAGAUAAGAUUUCCAUUGUAAAUUAUUUUAUUAGAUAGAAUUACCACAUUCAGUGUUUCUGAUAACACUUCAUGUCAGCACUGUGUCAGAGAAAUAUUCAAAAACAUCAUUAGAAUUAGGAGAAACCAUGCUUAUGGUUGCUAGUGGCUUACAAUUAAUCUUGGUUUCCUCCUCCAUCAUUUUCUACAGCCUCUACUCAGUGCCACAUUGGCUGUUUAUAUCUUGUCAGCUGUAUUGGUGUAUCACAAUACAUUCUCUUAUAAAUGUGUGGUGCUGUAUAUCAUGAAAUUCAAUGUGAAUGUGUGAGGAAGUAAUUUGGAGUUAAAUAUUUUGAUUUAUAUUGUAAAAAAAGAAAGAAAGAUGGGCUGGUCCUUUGUGGGACUUGAUGCAGUUAAUCUACUGGAAAAUUGUAUCAAAUAAUUGUGCAAACACAGAUUUGUGAUGCAGCUGUAGGCCAGCAACAUGCUUCCCCUUGGCUUAAUAUUGUGAUUCCCCUUAUUUUAAGAUUUUGAUCCUAUUUAAUCCAUUGAUUUCCUUCAAAAUGUGAACACACAGCAAAGCAUUUUUGCAGUCAUUCUACAAUCUUUUUCUUUUUUUAAAAAGUUCCUACUUAAGAGGUGUGCUCUUGAUCAAUUCAGAAUUGCAAUAUAUUGUUAAUGUAUGACCCCUGCUACAAAUCCUACCAUGUUUCCCUGAAAAUAAGACAGUGUCUUAUUUUCUUUUGACCCC